AUAGUCGAGAGAUAAUUAAAAAUUAAUUAAACUCUGACGCGAUAAUUAUUGUAAACAUGGUGAAAGGCGCGUGCGCGUAAGAUAUUUAUCAAAAGUUACUGUCGCGUCACAUGACCCGAUUUUGUCCCCGUGACCAAAAUUGACGGAAAAUUCAAAUAUCCGCAGCUAAGACGGACCGGGACGGCUGUUAUGGAUAUCUUGGAUCCCCUCGAAGCGAGCGUAGCCACUGACAAUGGGGAAGCCAAGGUUAUUAUAAACGAUGGUUUAAGUAUUGUCGAUGACCAAAGUAUGGAGAGCGAUGAUGAACAACGAGUUGUCGAUCAUUUAUCACCACAAACGUUGCUUGAAACACCACCAGAUGAUGUACAAUAUUCUUUUCAUCGUUCACCAGAAGGUACAAUAACAUAUGGAGUAUUAAAAGUGGAAGAUACAGUUGAUAAUGUUUCUCAAAUAGUAACGACGGGAACAAAUUUUACCAGUCCGGGAAGUGUUCAACAAGUCCUAACCAGUAACAUAAACGGACAACUAUACGUGAUAGGAAGUUCGAAUGAUGUAUUUGUAAGUCAAACGGGUACAAGGGCGAUAGCCCCGCGUUCUACGAUUGUUGAGGGAACCCCAACAGUAUCGACAGCUAGUAAAAAAAGAGAUGAACGACGAAGAGCAACUCAUAACGAGGUUGAAAGACGACGUAGAGAUAAAAUAAAUAAUUGGAUAGUGAAACUUUCAAAGAUAAUCCCCGAAAAUAAUCAAGCGGAAAUGAAAGGUAACGGUUAUUACGAUGGUCAAUCAAAAGGUGGAAUUUUAGCAAAGGCUUGUGAAUAUAUUAUGGAGUUAAAAGAUAGCCAACAGUACCUUGAGGAUUCAUUAAAACAAGUUCGACAACACGAGCAGACAAUAGACAGUUUAAAGCUACGAAAUAAUGCUUUGGAGAGUGAAAAUAGUGAAUUAAGAGAGUUGCUGAAAAGGCACGGAAUAGAUAUUUCCACGGUGGAAUUAUCAUAGUUUUUAAGGAAAAAAUUAAAGUCUAAUUAAAGUAAAAAAAGAAACGAAAGAAGAAACCUACAAAAAGUGUACAUUUGCUAUUUCUCAAUAUGAUUAUAAUUAAAAACAUUAUUUUUUAUUUACAUUACUGAUAUACCACUUUAUAUAUAAUAUUGUUAUCGAUUUAUUACGCAUUAUUAUUCGUUGCGCUCAGAUUUUCUUUUUUAAAUUGGGUUUUCCAAUACAUUUAUUAUUGAUACACUGUAAAGUUUAAAAUUAAUGCCUAAUGUUUAGUUGUUAGUCUUGUUAUUUUUUGUUUGUAAAUAAUAUCUACAUUAAAGAAAAAUAAAAUUUGUUUUUUAGAUUA